AUUCAUGCAAAGCGAAGGCAGUUUAACAGUAGCUUUUUAUUCUGCCAAAUCUUUCCGCGUGUUACUUUUCACAUUGGGCAUCUCACGGAAGAAUACGUGGUUAACAAGUAAAUACCCUUAUACGGUUGCUAGAACGGACGUUCAUAAUGCCACACAGAAGUUUCUAAGCAAUUACCCUCGUGUGACGUAAUGAGGGAAUGGAAAAAAAGCCAUUUCAGAGUUUCUGCCAUAGCUAGAAACAAAUGUAUCACCUUUUCACCUUCAUAUGCGGGGCGUGUUCAAUCGGGUUCAUGGCAGACCCUCAACACGCUGCUCCAGGAAGUUCACGGAGAGUUACCUUCCAAUUGGAAGCUACGAGGUUUCCCGAGAAGUUCGACAUAUCAUCUGAUCCCAACAAUCCGCCGCCCGCUUCAUGCAGCCGUCAACGGAUGCGACAACCUGGGUCCGAUGACCCGAAUCCCUAUGGCGACGGACCAGAGACAGGGUCGCGGCCAUUCCGAGUACUUUGCCUGAGCAAGAAAGAUCUCUGCAUCGCGUUAGCAAUUUUCCUAUUCGGGGUGGUGUUAUCUUGUUCUUAUUAUUUCGUGGCACGACUGCUUUACCAACCGAAGUCAUCGGUACCGUGGGCCUGGCAAUUGCGCAAGAACGACCAUGGCAUUCCCCGCAUCUUGCUGUGGAACCGCAUCAUGAGGCCGCUUUCCUUCGACCUCAACGUCCCGGAUCUCCACACGCGCUGGUCUUCCAACGUGACCGCGUGCCCGGUCGGUGGUGACAUCUCAGUAUUGUGCGAGAUCACGGACAACCGUUCCCGCCUCAUGUGGAGCGAUGCCAUCGUGUUCGAGGCAGAUCGGCUCGAUACCUUGGACCUGCCGAUCGAGAGACACGAACUUCCGAUGCACCCCGACUUUCCGAUGUGGAUUCUGUGGGUGCAGAAUCACUUGUCGCCAUCGAGCGAAUUGCCGCGCAACUUUAACGUUCGAGGAGACGGCAAUCAGUGUAUACGCACUCGCUUCAAUUGGACCAUGGGUCACCGGGAGGACGCAGACAUCGUGGUGCCUUACAAGUCCUGGCGCUGCGGCGUGCCUGGAGACGUGGCUGUGGCUGCCACCGCAGAGCGCAACCGUAAAGCAGUCACCCGUUCUCGACACUUGAAACAGGCUGCGUGGAUUGUCAGCACUUGCGAGCAACACGGCUACCAGUUAAUGCGUUACAGGCACAGGAAUGAAGAAACGGACACCCCGCACGAUCACAGCAUCCCGCUAGUACACCUUGAUCUGUUUCGCGACUGCGCAAGUGGAAUCUGCCAGACGAGGCACCAGUGCUUGAGAUAUAUCGCUGCAAACUAUUACUUCCUCGUUGUUAGACUGGAGCCUGACUGCUUCCACAGCCAAUACGAGCUAAUCUAUGACGCCUUCGAAUACGACCUGGUUCCUGUUGUGUUGGUGCCGCCAAACACGACCCUCAACGUUCCGCCUCAUUCCGUGGUGAGCUCGGCAGACCUUCAACGACCGGGCGAGCUAGCUACAUUCCUGAACUUUUUAAUCCGUAAUCGUGUAGAAUACAAGCGCUACUUCGAGUGGAAGAAGCGCUGUUCCCUGAUCCCCACCGACGUCCAGCUUUGCCCGCUCUGCCGAGCUUUUCAUGAGAAGUUCGCUCGCCAGCAGAAGCAUCCGGACGCCUACGAUUGGUGGACAGCACGAUCUAUAUGCCACGGUUACACUCCGUCUUUGUACGGUUUGGACUGGGCUUUCGUCGACUCGAGGGAUCCUUGGGUUUUUUAAUCUACGGGAUAAUGGGUAAGCUACCUGCGCAGGCUUUUUUCUUCGCCAAAGUAACAUGUGCAAGCUGAUAAUGAAAUCGCUGUGAAUUUUUUCCAGCAUUGCUUUUUUUUUUUUGGUGUACGCUCUGGCUGCUCUUCUUUAAAAUGUGUUUUACGAAAUAAACUUUGCGAUUA